AUGGAUUCCCAACAGCCGCCCGCUGAGACCACAAGCCUGCCGCGAAUAUUCCUUCUCUCGCUUGAAUCAGAAGCCUUCUUCGAUGAAAUGUACAAGGACCUUAUCGACAGCCUCCUUUCGAAAGCGAAGGUCCAGCGAGCAACGAAACUAGACCCGGCUCUAAGAUAUCUCUCGGAAUAUACGCCUGACGCGAUAUUCGCUACUGAUGCUGCUCUCCUGAAAACAAAGUAUGCCACAGUUCUCGAAAAAGUAAUCUCAGAAAUCAAUGUUCCGCCUGAAAGCAGACUCUAUGCGGCAGAUGAAGAGUCAACGAUAGAAUCCCAUGUCUUCUACCCGGAACCUAUACACGAUCUCACUCAAGCCGCCAUCGUGUUUGCAGCCAAAUUGGGUAUAUCGGAGACUUGA